UGGGCCCUGCAUUUGCGGCUGUGCAAGUGGCGAAGGACCGGACGAACCAUGAUUGCUCUCAGCCCUCGAACCUUCUCUCCUUACACGCCUCUUCCAAAGUCAAAAGCCUGUGGAUUUCGCUCCCUAUUAUCGUUUCCCACCACACUAUCAGGGGAUCUCUUUGAGUAGCAGGACUGAUCCGCUGCUACAAAGUCCGCAGAUAUGCCUGCGCCACUGGCCAAAGGCACCGGCCCGCGCUUCGCAUCUCCGCAAGGCAACAAUCAAACCCCGCCGCAUCGUCCUAACCACCCCUUCACAUCAGGCCUCAUAAUCGCCGCGUCCGUCAUCGUCGCCGCCGGUAUCGCCAUCUACGAGUCUCCCCAAGUGCGACAAUGGGCCGAUCAAACCCGCCGCAAGAUCGCCAUCGCGCUGCAUAACCUUGGCGAUGACAUUCAGCCUCGCCGCCCGAGCGAAUCGUCCGAUGACUUCGAAGCCAGGAAGCAACGGAGGGAAGAGUUGAUCAGGAGGAAUAGGAAUGAACUGAUCAGGCGGGCAAGAGAAGAGGGUAUCGCUGUCGACCUGGACGAGCUGGCUAGGAUUGGUGCUGAGACGGCUGAGGUGGCUGCCAGGCGGUCCAGGGCUGAUCGGACGAGAAGCUUCGACGACAUGGUUGGCAGUGAUGGCAUGCUUAGGGACAACGCGACGGCAACCGGCAAGGACAACUCGAAAGGCGACCUCAAGAAGCGCGGUGCUGCUGGCUUUGCCGCCGGCUCCGCUGCCGCUGCUACCAUGGCCAACCCCUUCUCCGACGACCAAGUACUAUUCGACCACGACGAAGACGAAGCGCCCUCACCGAAGCCAUUCAAAUACGAAGAACCUGCUGCCCGCGAAAACUCCGCUACCAUCGUGGCCGACGUCCCCUCCACACCCACCACCGGCACACUCGUCGACCUAACACCGGACCCCGAGCACUCCCUCCCCGAGACCCCAUCGCCCGCACAGCCUGCCCAAGAAGACGCCGAUCAAGCCGCCCAAUCCUUCUACUCUUUCACCUCUUCGCAAGCAGGCGACCUCGCCCCCGCCCAACCCUUCUUCGACGACAACGACGCCGAGCACCUCUCCACCGGCACCCUGACCCCGCGCUCCGAGCGCUCCAUGACCAUGAGCGGCUCCGUCGCCUCCGCCUCCGCCCACGCCAACGACAUCGCCAUCCUCAGCAUGCCCAACAGCGAACAAAAUGACACAGACCACGACGCGCGUUCAGAAAGCGGGUUUACAGAUGCCUUCUCUGAGGGCGGCUUCAGCGAGUUCGACGGCGAUAGGCAGGGCAUUAUGACCCCUACGAGCUGGACGGAUGUGGGUAGUGAUGAUGAUAGUGAGUGGGGUGGUGCUGGCCAGGCUGGACACGUGAGCCAGAUACAUCAGUAAAUGUGAAUGUGUGUUAGAAGUCGGAAGAGGGUUUUCACUUGUUGGCUUCAAAAUGGUACUAUAGGGUGGCAUGGCGUUAGUGGUAUACAUCGGAUUGGGGGUUAGCUCGGCGUUUUGAUUUAGAUGGGAAAGCGGAUAUGGACAUCUAGGCAGCUACUAUCGCUAUCGAAUUCUUUAUGUUUAUCUUCUUCGCUAACAAGAACAUCAGUGAUGAGUCUGGGCUUUCGCAUUGAGGAAUCGAAAAAGCCACAUUCGACAACGCACAUCUAACGCUUGUUAACGAACACCACACGCGCAACCACAAUAAGUGCAGCAGGUCAAGAGUUUGGGAAGUAGAAAUC